UUCCCCUCCGACGAAAAUAUCUUUCGAAGGCGAACCCUAGAGGUGUUUUCUUGAGACCGAGGAAAACUCUCUCUCUCUCUCUCUCUCUUUCUCAGCUCUGGUUAGGGGUUCCGGCAGCCGGAGCGUGCAAUCGGAGCCGCGAAGAUGUCGGGCGGUUUCUUUCGAGGCACGUCGGCUGAUCAAGACACUCGUUUCUCGAACAAGCAAGCGAAGCUACUCAAGUCCCAGAAAUUCGCAGCAGAGUUGGAGCAUCAGGUUGAUAUGACGAAAGUGAAGGUGGAUGUUAUUAGGCCAUGGAUUGCGAAUCGAGUGACUGAGCUUCUCGGUUUCGAAGAUGAAGUUCUUAUCAAUUUCAUAUUUGGACUGCUAGAAGGAAAAAAUGUGGAUGGGAAGCAAGUCCAAAUACAAUUGACUGGGUUCAUGGAGAAAAAUACGGGGAAGUUCAUGAAGGAGCUAUGGAGUUUAUUGCUUAGUGCACAGAAGAACAUUAGUGGAGUACCUCAGCAAUUUUUAGAUGCCAAGGAAGAAGAGACGAAGAAGAAAAAGGCUGAGGCUGAUCGUAUUAACCUGGAAAUUCAGAAAAGGAAGGAGAAGGAUAAUAGGGAAAUGGAGCAAGGCCAUAAGAAGGAACUGGAUGGUGAGACUGAUGACUCGAGAGCUGCUUUCCGUGCUUCUGAUGCUACCUCAAUGCAUUUGUUGACCAACUCUAGCCUAGAAGACAGCAAAGUAGGGGCACAUAAAUUGCAAGGAAGAGAAAGGAUUGCAAGUUCCCCACAUGGUUUGGACCAGUCGCCCACACAUCACAGAAAAUCUUCACAUUCCCCUCGGCCGAGGAGCAAGUCCUUCUUAAAUAACAGGAGCCCCUCAAGGUCUGGCUCUUCUAGUGAAAGAUCUAGAUUGGAAAGUGUGUCAAGAUCUCCUAGACGUCGAAGGCGCUCCCGUUCUGUUGAUAGGCGCUCUUUUUCUCCAGUACAUUCUCCACACGGUAAGCAUUCAUCACGUUAUGCUAGGUCACCGCCUAGACGCAGACCACAUUAUCCAAGGCGGCGAUCACCCUCACCAUUGCCAGUAAGACGUAGGUCUCAAACUCCUAUUGAGCGUAGAUCCUCUUCUCCUCUACGCCGCAAAUCGCCAUCCCUUCUGAAGAGAAGGUCUCGAUCACCAAGAUAUAGGUCUCCUUCACCUGUGCGAAGGAGAUUUUCUCCAGCACGUUCUCCACCUCAUCGCAGAUCUCCUUCUCCUUCUAGAAGGAGAUUGCCUUUGCUUCAAUCCCCAAAAUACCGCCGAUCUCCUGUUCGGUCACCAAGAAGACGCCAUGUGGAGGUUUCUCCUGUUCGAAGAAAUCGGAGUCGGAGUCCAUACAGAAGUCACAGUCCUCCAUAUAGAAGUCGUAGGAGCUUGAGUAGAGAGCGUGUUGCUCAUGCAAAUGGUUCAGAUCCAAGAAGAUAUAGAAACGAAGAAAAGAGUCAUAGGGCAUAUGGAAGAAGGUCCCCAGAUGCACAUGCUAUUGAGAGAAGUGAGAGUAAACGCUCUGGUGGAGGAUACGAGCGUCAUGGUCCUUCAGUGCGGCCACUAUCUAUUAAUUUGAGGUCACCACAACGUGACGUAAAGUUGCCACCUGAUUCCUCUCAUAAAAUCUCCACAUUGUCACCUUCAGAAGAGCCAGUUCGCAGUCAGUUGGACUCACCUGUGUAUGACAGGAACAAAAAUAUGAACCAGAGGAGUGAUAUGGUUCAAGGUGACAGCUCUAGAAUGCUUCAUAAGGAACAAAGGGUUCGCCAAGACAGUCCAGAGACAAGUACAGAUGAGGAUGGUGUUCCUUACCAGAAAAGUCCCUCACAGAAGCCGGUGCAGCAACCUGCACGCAUGCUUGAAGAAAUUGAGUAUGGCCCUGGUCGGCUAGGGAACACUGUUUCUCAUAAUCAUGCACUGGUGAGGCAGUCAUCUUCAAGACGAUAUGCUAGAGAUAAUUCGUCUCCAGAAGAAAGGCUUGAUGAUGCACAUGCCACUCCAAAUAAAUUUGACACAAAAGACAAGAACGACAGAAAGAUGAGCCGAUCACCUGCAGAUGAUGAUUUUGGCAUGGAGUACGAAAAAGAGCACACCAAACGAUCCACAAAGAUAGUGGAACACGCUGAUAGGAUUGGCAGAUAUGAGUCAGACGCUGAGGAAAGUGCAGAUUCUAGGUAUCGUAAUUUGGGCAGCAAAAAAAAGAAGAGGGAAGGAGAUGAAAGAUCACCUCGUGAUGAUGAUGACAAUUCACAAAGUGAUGAGAGGAAGCAAGCAAAAAGAAGAAGGAAGGAAGAAAAAAGGUUGCGGAAGGAGGAGAGAAGGCGCAGACGGGAAGAGCGGCAUAGGAGGAGGGAAGAGCGACAUGCAGCAAAGAUGAAAUCCAAAUCUGGUGUUGCUAUUUCCGUUGACAUUCGGGAAAAUGACAGAGGUGCUGAUCAGUUGGACAGUGAUGAUGCGCAUGAAAAUUCCCAUCAAAGUGAUGCAGAGGAAGCUGAAUCAGAGCAAAAAAGGUUGGAGAUUGAGCUUCGGAAAAAGGCUCUUGAAUCAUUGCGAGCAAAGAAGGCUGUUGUUCAUUAAAUCUCAUCCCAACAUGUUGGAACAGCUUUGUUUUGUAGCAACCUAGUCAGACAGCGGUGGUCGUUAUGGAGAAUGUAAGUGUUCUUUCUUUAAGCCAUUAUUAUGAUGUAUUCUGUGUUUACUUUUGACAGUAAAAGUUUAUCCCCCCUGAUUUCCUGAACAAUUGAAUCAUGUAACCAUUCCAAAAAUUGUUCUGCUGGCCGUGAGAAUUCAACCUUGCCUCUGAUGGCCAUGACCUUACUUACACUACUAUGCCAACUUUUUAAAGUGUAAUUCGAUAUCGAUUUUCUUUC